ACGUCUCCGCUCCACCUUUGUGUAAGAACAAUGAAUGCCGUCCCUGUUCAAGAAAACACGGCUGGUAGUGAUUCGGACUCGAAUCCGGAUGAUGCGCCGGAAUACUAUCAGCGGAUCUCCGCUGUCGAAGAUGUUGAGGACGAAGAUCGUUCCGAUCCCGAUGGGCAGGCCAACUCGGAUGAAGAACAUCACAACGAUUCCUACCGAAAUCGCUAUCGCCAUCAAUUGGAGAACGGGAUCUCAUCGCUUCACCUAUCCGAGGACGUAGCGGAGGAAGAGGAGGAGAGGAUGAGGAUGGCGUCCGAUCUCGCGAUCCAGAGAGCGUUCAGGGAAGACGAGAGUCGAAGAAAUGCGUCGUUGACGCCGGAGAAUGCCGCGAGGGUUAGGGAGGCAAUGCGUGGGAUUUCGUUUUCUGGAUUUGCUCCCCACUGGGCUAAUCAGGUCCCUGAGGAUCAAUGGAUCGACCAGCUUCGAAGAUUGAGGCGUCCCCAACGUACUACAAAUACUGUUCAAAACUAAUUCAGGAUCAUAUUGGGUAAUUUUGUAUGAAACAGCAUACUUUUUUAAGUUUCCUUCAAGUUAAGAGCACUGGCGAUGUUGGAUAUAUCAAUUCGGGGCAAAAGAAAAAGAAAAUAAAAAUAAAAAUAACUUUAGUUUCUCUUCAAGAUUGUUGGAUUGAGUAGCUAUGCAAUUUUCUUGAGGAUUAAUCGUGAUUAUGUAAUUUCUAGUGGAAUGUAUAAUUAUGAUGCCGAGUUUGGCUUUGAUGAUGGUGUUUCUGCUUCCUUUAACAUUUCUGGAUGUUAGUUUUGUUUUUU